GAGGUUCAGUCAAGUCUUGUGGAAUAUAGCAGGAGACGUUCAAUUCCUACAGUCAUGAACUCGAUGAUCUUCCUCGCCUGCCUUAUCGCUUUGUUCUGCUGCACAGCCUCAGCUGGGCCUCUAUUUCCAUAUGCACCAGCAGCAUAUGCUCCCUAUGCAAAAGGCUACUAUGCACCAUUCCUACCAGCCCCAGCUGCUGUAGCCGCUAUACCUGCAGCUCCUGCAGUACCAGCUGUACCUGCCGGUUAUGCUGCCCCUGCCAUUCCAGCACCAGCUGCUGCCGUUGCUGCUCCUGUAGCACCAGCUGCUGUCUAUCCCUACGGCGCUGCUGCUGCCCUCAAUUACCUUGGUUACCCCUACGGAUACCCCUAUUACCCCUAUGGAUAUGGUGCCUUGGUUGCUCCUUACAAAAAGUGAAUGACUGCAUAGGAACUGAUUUUGUCAUGGUCUUUCAUUCAUGCAUUGGCAAGGAUUGAUUUAUUUAUGUUAUUACUAAUUAAGUCUUGUGCAAUCGGGUUAAGUUGUUCUAUUUUCUAUCGAAACCAUCAGAAGCGCAACCGACGCAUAUAAAUAUAGUUAGAGACUAAACCUUUCCAUUAUAUGGUAGCGUUAUUCCAUACAAUCACUCUUAAGCUUAUCAAAAUAAUGGAAUCGAAAAAGAUCCCUACUUCAAGAGAUUGUUCGAAUAAGAAUGCUUGAACAACAAUUCAAAUCUCCCUCUAUGAUAAAUAUACUGCCACAAUUCCAUGUUAUAGAAAAUAUUUCUAUGUUAAACUGUUGAAUGAUUUAUUAUUUAAUCUUUCUGUAAUUUAUUUAAGUUUUCCAUUUGUUAUUAGAUUGAAGAUAAAUUGAAAAAUUCGUGCUUUUAUAAGAAUGCCGAAUCAGUAAUAUCUUAUCUAUUGUAAAAAUAUUUCACUUUUCCAAGUGAUAAAUGAACUUCUUUAGUUUAUUUCCCUCUUUCCACUAUUUGAAGUUCAACAGUGAUUUCCAUAGACGUGAGCCCAGAUGCCCAACAUUCCAAAGUGGUCAAGAAAUAAAAUUAUUUAAAAUUUGUUGUAAGAGUAUUAAUCUUAUACCUUUGAUAGCUUAAAAUUCGUAAAAAGAAAACUAUAAAAAGCUUUUAGUAUUAUUUGAAACGAACUCGAUUCUUUUCAAAACUAGUUGAGACUAUGUCCGUUUGAAAUUGAAAUCCCUAAAAUUGAAAUCCCUGAAAAAUUCAAUAUUUUUUAUCUUUAUACUAUAUUGAAAUAAAGCAUUAAAAAUAUAUAUUGAAUUUUGUAAGUAAUGGCAGUAUAAUUAUUUAAACAUGAUUUAGGGAUAUUUGUUCUCACGAACACUUUCAAUUUUUUAUAUGAAAUUAUCUUUUUCGUAAGCAUAUACAAAAUACAUAUCUUUCAAAAUGAAACAUUUAUAUUUGCUAAUGUAGAACAUUUAUGUUUGCUAAAGCAAAAAUUUGAAGAUUCGAAUUGGUUGGGUAAUCUAUGCCAAAAAUCUUCAUUAUCAAGUUUAACAGUUACAAUAAUAAUUUUCAAUCUAAACAUAAUAUAAAUUGCAUUUAUUUCUUGUGUUAAAAAAUGAAUAUCAUAAUUUUGAAUAAAAAAAAAAGAUCCUUAUUAAAUACCCAUGUUUUUCCAAAUGGACAAAUUUACUACCAUGUUAUUUAUCAUGACUUCACCAAAUAAAUUUGAUUGUUAAUGAUAUGACUGUAAUUUUAGUUUAUUUAUUGUCAUUAUAUUUUCAGACGCAACGAGUUACUGAAUUUUUACAAAAAGGUGUCAGCUUGGGACAAUAAUUUCUCUUAGAAGUAAUUAUUUGUCAAAUCAAGUGCCGGAUUUUAUCAUUGCAUGUAAUUCGAGACCAAAUAAAUGAG